AAAAAACCCACCUCGUUUGUGAUCUCAGAUACAUCCAUUGAUUGAUUUGUUGUCCAUUGACACCACAACUCAGUAGAACUCACUCUCGCCCAAACCGAACACUACCUUACCUAACCGAUUAUUCAUUCUCCUUCCUACCGCACGCACCCCGCAAUGUCGAAAAAAUUCCAGCUCAAAUGGGGAAUCCUCGCAACAGGAGGCAUAGCCGAAUCCUUUGCACGAGAUCUCUGGCCAAACCCCGAAACCAGAGGAGUCAACGACAUUGAACAUGUCGUCGUCGCCGCCGCCUCCUCGUCCUCUGCCGAUCGGGCUCAAGCCUUUUUGAAAGAAGUGCGAGCGCCCGAGUCGGCAAAAGCAUAUGGAUCCUAUGAAGAGUUGGUGCAGGAUCCGAAUGUGGAUAUUGUGUAUGUGGCGACGCCGCAUAGUCAUCAUUAUCAGAAUUCGAGGCUUGCGUUGGAAGCGGGAAAGAAUGUUCUAUGUGAAAAGGCUUUUACGACGAAUGCGAAGCAGUUGGAGAUUUUGAUUAAGAUUGCUAAGGAGAAGAAUCUUUUUCUUAUGGAGGCGGUUUGGACCCGCUACUUCCCCCUCUCCAUCUACGUCCGCGAAACCAUCACCUCAGGCAAACUCGGCCCCGUACACCGCGCCUUCGCAGACCUCAGCAUCGGCGCCCCACCAGCAACCACCUUCCCCGACAACCACCGCAUGGUAAACCUCGCGCUCGCGGGCGGCGCACUCCUCGAUUUAGGAAUCUACGCUCUCACUUGGGUGUUUCAAACUCUCUACCACACACAACCCGCUCCCCAGCCAGCUCCCAGUGUAGUUUCCACAUCACGAAAAUACAAAACCGGCGCCGAUGAAUUGACGUCUAUGAUUUUGACUUUCCCUCGUGCAGAUGGGACUUCUGCGCACGGAAUUGCUACGACGGGAAUGCCGAUUUCUGCGGAUCCUGAUGGGAAAGGGACGGCGGGACCUGCCAUUCGAGUGCAAGGAGAAAAAGGGGAAAUUCAAGUCUUUCAUCCGGCGUAUCGGCCUACGAAGACGAGGUUGUUGCUGAGUGAUGGGACGGUGGAGGAGAAGACGUUUGAUAUGCCGGGUCCGGGAAAAGGUUCGGGGUGGUCGAAUGGGUUUGGCGAUAGGAGUGGUUGGGAGGCUGAGGGAGUGGGACAUGGCAUGUUUUAUGAGGCGGAUGAGUGUGCGUAUGCGUUGCGAGAUGGGAGAAAGGAAGGUCGGUAUGAGGGGCUGGAGGAGAGUUUGGUGAUUAUGAAGACGAUGGAUGAGGUGAGGAAGCAGAAUGGGCUGGAGUUUCCGGAAAAUAUUGAGACUACGGAUUACCCCGUGGACUUGUCGAGCCGGUCGUGAGGUACUAGCCAUAUGUAUACGCAUGCCUGACCAUGUAGCAUAGUGAGAGAGCUACCUUACCUACUGACGGGCUUUGGUCAUCCUCAUGGUGACCAGUCUCCCAAUGAAAAGCAAUGAUUGGAACGCCCCCAACACCUCGCUGUUUUCCAUCUGUAAAAGUUCGCAUAGCUAGCAACGAAUCACCUCAUCCAGAAGAAGGAGAAGAAGAUCGGAGGGGUCCCCUUCCCUUGCUCCUGUCAAAAUCAAGCACCCGUCUGCUCUUGUGCAUCUGCGCCAUUCUCCACUUCACGUAGAGCAACAGCGCGUCCUUGCAGACUACAACGAGACAACCUCCCACCAGACUUCGAGCCCACUUAUUUUGCAGAAAGCCCUUAGGUCUUCGAUUCCAAAAGAGUAACGAGGGAGGUGGUUCGGCCACCCAUGUGUGUGGUAAGACGAGCUUGAGGGCUUCUCCCGCGAGACCGGCGAUGGUGGGGAAGAACAAGGCGCCGACCACGCUUUGUAGCGCAUGAUUGACCGAGAGCGAGAGGCGACGACCAUUGCCGUUGUUCGGUUGGUCUGGUGCUGGUGCUGGUGCUGGUGCGUCUUGCUGCUCCUGCUCAGCCCCAUUCAGUAUUCGGCCAUCUCGUAUCACGGGUGCGGGUGCGGCGGCGGCGGCCUCGUCUGCUCGUGGAAAGCCUCCCUCUGGUGGUAGGUUUCGUAGUGGUCGCUCUGCCUGUGCAUGGCCACCGAUUCCUCCCUGGUCUUGACCUCCUGCUAUCAUAUCAUGUGGCACGGCAGCAGGCUGUCUGUCGGCCGCUUGCUGGACCAGUCGCUCUUCUUCUUCGUCCCAAUCACCCUCGUCCCAAACAUUGUGAUCUAUCCGUAUCUCGAAGAUGUUUUCCCCUUCAAGAGCUACUUCUGCCGGAUUCUGCCCGUUAUUAGCGGCAGCAUCUUCCUCAUUUUGCUGACUCACUCGUGGCUUUAUCGCUUCGCGCCACUGUUCUUCCUUUUUUGCCCAGACCGUCUUGUAGCAAGCUUUGUAGAGUGAUCGGACAUAUGGUAGGGACGCAAACGCAAAGCCUGCAGAAGGAGGCCACGUCGCAAAGUCUGGAGAGACGCCAGAAAAUUGUGCUUGUGAAGCACAGAAGACCAUCGGUAGGACUGGUAGCACGCUAUCUGCAAGUGACGUCCGCGACAGAAUUAGCACUGGUGCGAUCAGUGGAAGGCCGAAGAGGAGUCUCCAAUUGCGCGCUCGUUCCAACACAAAGUUGGACAUCAGCUCCAUCACCUGUCCUGGAUCUCUAGCGGACACCUCUAGAGGCACCCUCUCGGUCAUGUCGAACAAAGGCUGCAGGAUUCUAUAGCUGUCUUCAGCGCCGAACACGGCGUAUAUGGCGUGGGUCCCAAACACCGCACUCAAAUGUUGCAUAGCACCGGCGAGGGCGAAGACGCUGACGGGUAUCACAGCAGUAUCGCCUAGUCUUUGCAAGGUGUUGACUGCAUCAACAAGGUAGUCUCUUGGCCGGGAUAGCCGUAUGUCCGCCUUGCACUGAGGGCAUUCGAUCUUGGGCGGGCCUAUGCCUCUACCUGCCCUAUUCCUGGGCGCUUCCACGUCUGCUAUCCAGUCGAGGAGGCAGUCUUCGUGCGCAACCAAGGCGCAUGGACAUGGAUCUCGCCAUGGCGCAGUGUCUGGCGUGUCUUCGGUCUCAUCUGAAAUGCAUAUCCAGCAUUUUUUGCGAUCCUCUUCGUUCCUGGACUGAGGCGAGGCCAUGUCCCGCGGUUCCUCGGCCUGGCCUUCCGCGUCGGCCGUGUGCUCUGCGCUGUGUACGAAGAUGGUGUCCGAAUCCUCCGAUCGCGAGCGGGCCGGGGAGCGAGAUUCGCGCGACUGUUGUGAGGGCGAGCGAUGGGAGGGCGAUGGGGAGUUGGAGUGGGGGUGGGAGUGGAGAGGCGACUCGGGUGCUUGGGAGGGUUCUAGUGGCUCUUCCGAGCGCUGCGAAGACGCUCUCCG